AUGACGAAUGGUCAUACAUCAAUGGAUAUUGAUGACGACGAUGAACUUCUCUACGAAGUUGAUGUAGAGCUACGGCGAACGCCCCAAUCGACGUACCUAUUUCAGUAUCCUAUUCGACCUCACUAUCAAAUGGAUCUACUAAUUGAUCCUCAAUCAACAAAUUAUUAUGCGGCACGUGGUAAACAAUUUGCAGAUAGUACGAAUAACGAGAAUGGAAGACAGUAUUUCAAUAGUGAUCGGAUGGAUAAACAGACUAUUGCAUCAACAAUUUCAUCAAACGGUGACCAUUAUUUUGUCUGCCUGUUCGACAAUCAAAAUCGUCGUUUAGUUCUAUGUCCACUGAAAUCUAUCAUACAACUCCGACCACAGUUUAAUUAUAUCGAUACAACAUCCUCAACAUCUGGUGGUGCUAAUGCAAAAGACUCAAACUUUAUUGAUGAUGAAGCGUAUGGCAGCGAUGGCGAACAAUCAGGAAGUGAAAGUGAAGAAAAUAAACCUGAACCGAUUGCAAGUUUAGUAACAAUGAAGUUUGCUAAGAAAGAAAGCGAUUAUCAUAAGAAAAAACGUCUACAAUCGUACAGUUAUUAUCGUCAAAUGCGCGAUGAUGAACGUUGGCAAGAUCUCGUUUGUAUUAUGAAUCCUCAUUCAUUCGAAGCUCAACGUAUUCGUGAAGAAUUUCUUUCAAAAGAUAAUCAAUCAAUAAGCAACUAA